AUGAUCCAAUCUUCACAGAGCAGCCAGAGUAGUCAUUUAAGAGUACACAUCUUGGGCUUCCCUGAUGGUCUAGUGGUUGGGAAUUCACCUGCUAGUGUUGGGGACACGGGUUCGAUCCUUGGUUCGAGAAGAUCUCACAUGCCAGGAAGCAACGAGGCCUGUGAGACACAAAUACUGAGUCAGUGCUCUAAAGCCCAGGAGCCACAACUGCUGGAGCCCAUGCACCUAGAGCCCAUGGUCUGCAAGAAGCAAGGCUGGUGCACCAAACCUGGGAAGUGGCCUCUGCUCGCUGCAACUAGAGAGAGUCUGUGUGUGGCAAGAAAGACCUAG